CAAAAUUGAUGAUAUUUAUUAGUUGAAAAGUGCGCAAAAUCAGGCUCAAUCCUGAAUUGAAUGAAACACAACUAGAACUUUUAUUCUGUUCAAGAUACUAAACAGUUGAAAACUUGACAUGAAGAAAGUACGACAAACUUGAAACCGAACAACUUUCUUUGUGAACAAUAUUUUUCUCACCAUUUCUUUCGCUGAACAUAUUUUUCCCCUUUUUUUCGUUCUGCAAAUUUCCAAUCAACUUUUCUCUUUUCUCUCUACCUUCUUCCUUUCACAUCCAAUGGCCAAUCAUUCUGAUCAUCAUGUUCAUUAUUUUCAUCAUCAGCUCAUCACUGUUCAAUGUUCCAAUUGUUUAUCUCUGUGAAUCUCUUUGAAAACCAUUAUUUCCUUUCUAAUCAUCUAACAAUCAUCUUUGUUUUCUUGUUUUUUUGUUCUUCUUCUUCUUUUGAUUAGCAUCAUAAGGAAAAUAUCAUUUCGUUUUUCACUUCACCUCUUCAUCAUCAUCAUCAUUAUACUCAUAUCAAAUAUCAUUCUGAAACUGAUUCUUCGAUACUAAUAAUUCCCAUAAUUGACCGUGUAAAUAAUGGCUCUACAACAACCAGAAGUUAACCUAACCUAUCAACGUUGUAGCCCAAGUUUACUCAACUCAUCAUCGCCUUGCACUGACUGUGCAUCACCAUUGUGUCUAAACAUGUCCAGUGUUUUCAACCUUUCACUUGCCGCUUUAAUUCAUCAAGAGGCAUACUCGUCGAUACCCUCAUCUCUGUCGUCCUUUUCCUCCUCUCUACCCUCUUCACCUUCUUCCGUGGUUUCAGCUGCAGUGGCAACCGCUGCUCAACCAGCAACCACAUCAACCAGCCCAGAUGACAACUCAAAAGCCUACUUCAUCUCUUUCAAUGUUAAACUCCUUUGGAUUGUAGUUUACGUGAUUAUGAUAAUGAUGGCUCUCCUAGGCAACCUGGGCAUCAUUUGGAUUAUAACUGGACAUCGAAAGAUGAGAACAGUGACAAACAUUUUCAUCCUCAACUUGUCCAUUGCUGAUUUAAUUACAUCAAUGCUUAACAUAACUUUCAACUUCAUCUUUAUGCUUUCGGGCCAAUGGUACUUUGGCUACUUUUUCUGUAAAAUUAACACUUUCAUUGCCUAUGUAACCCUUUCUGCUUCCGUGUUCACCAUAAUGGCUCUAAGUCUUGAAAGAUAUCGAAUUGUCAUCAAUCCAAUGAAACCCAGGAUUACCAAGACUACAUGUGUUGCGUGCCUAAUACUGAUUUGGCUCUUUUCAUUUUUACUAUCAUUGCCGACCAUUGUCUAUGCUACGUACAUAACUUAUGAUAUGAAUGGAAACUAUACACGAAAAAUAUGUCUCCUUCAAUGGCCUGAUGGGCUUCCUGGCCGAUCCGAAGCCGACUUUUAUUUUAAUUUAGUAAUAUUUGCUGUUGACUAUGCGAUUCCAAUGGUUCUAAUGUCAGUCACAUAUUACCGUAUCGGUCGAGUCUUUUGGGGAAGCCAGGCAAUUGGUGAAUUAACUGAGGGUCAACGUGAAGCGAUUCGUGGUCGACAGCGAGUCGUAACAAUGUUGAUAACAGUGACUGUUCUGUUUGCCAUUUGCUGGCUUCCAUAUCACAUUUAUUUUAUUUACAUAAAAUACGAUCCAAACAUUAUUACACACAAAUACAUUUCCAACAUUUACCUAACAAUCUACUGGUUAGCCAUGUCAAACUCAGCCAUUAACCCUGUGAUUUACGCCAUCUUAAGCAAAAGAUAUCGAACUUAUUUUCUCAAAAUGAUUCCCUGUAAACUUGGUAAACGAGCCUUUGACAAGGAUAAAUCAAUGAAAACCAGCCAGAAAACUGUUGAAAUUGAAAUGUUGUAAAGAGAGAAUUUUUUUUUCUUCGAUUCUUCUUGUUCCAUUCUGGUCAAUAUUGGCUUCAACUUUGCCAUCACUCAAGCUAUAUUCAUUGGUUCAACAUUCUUGUCUUCACGCUGCUUCUUCUUUUUUUUAUUACCCAAAUGGAUACCAAAAUCAUGAUGGAUUCUCAUCUUUACUAUCAUGAAAAUCAACUUAUGUUUAAAAAACUUCAAAUGUUUCGAUUCAUUUUUUUCCUCUUCUUCUCUUCAUUUUCAAAGUAAUUUGGUGGAAUGCGAUGAUGAAUUUGGAAAAAGUUCAGCUAAGCGAAAAAGUUUAGUUUUGAUAAUUUUUACUCUCUUAACUUCAUCUCUUAGUGAUGAUAAAUUGGUCAUUUUAACCUUUCUAUGAAAAGCCAUUUCACGAUUCAACUGACCAAAGUCAUUUUAUGUACAAUCUUGAGUUAAACAAUUAAAGAGGCAAAAAUUAUUCAAUUUGAUAA